AUGUCUGUUAUGCUCACAAAGUUUGAGUCAAAGAGCAAUAGGGUGAAAGUACGAGGUCUGGCAUUCCAUCCAACUCAGCCUCUCCUCGCAGCAUCUCUGCAUAACGGGAGCGUGCAACUAUGGAACUACCGAAUGGGUGUGUUGGUGGACAGAUUUGAGGAGCACGAAGGACCUGUGCGCGGCGUACACAUCCAUCCAAGUCGUGCGCUGCUUGUAACGGGAGGAGAUGAUUACAAAAUCAAAGUUUGGGACAUCCGGCCUCAGAACCGCCGCUGUCUCUUCACGCUACACGGUCACCUGGACUACGUUCGAACUGUGCAGUUCCAUCAUGAGAUGCCCUGGAUUGCAACCUCGGACGAUCAGACGAUCCGCAUCUGGAAUAGCACGUCGCGAAACUGCAUUGCGAUCCUUACCGGCCAUUCGCACUAUGUCAUGUCCGCGCAGUUCCAUCCGAAAGAAGACCUCGUCGUCUCUGCGUCGCAAGACCAGACAGUGCGCGUCUGGGACAUCUCCGGGCUGAGGAAGAGCACCCCCAACUCCGCACCAGGAGGCACUUUCGAUACUUUCGACACGUUCUCAACUGUCAAGUACGUGCUCGAGGGCCAUGACCGCGGUGUCAACUACGCGACGUUCCAUCCUACCCUUCCCCUCAUCGUCUCUGCUGCGGAUGACCGGCAAAUCAAGAUCUGGCGCAUGAGCGACACGAAGGCUUGGGAGGUGGACGCGUGCAGGGGGCACUUCAACAACGUAUCAACCGCGUUGUUCCAUCCCAAGCAUGAGCUCAUCGUGUCGUGCGGCGAGGACAAGACUGUACGCGUGUGGGACCUGACGAAACGAUCUGCUGUGCAGACGUUCCGGCGGGAGAACGACCGCUUCUGGACCCUUGCUGCCCAUCCGGAGUUGAACCUCUUUGCGGCUGGUCACGACAACGGUCUGAUCGUCUUCAAGCUUGAGCGUGAACGGCCUGCCUUCGCAGUACACGGCGACUCUGUCUUCUACGUUCGGGACAAGUAUGUGCGCUCCUACGACAUCAAUACGGGCUCGGAUAUUGGUCUACUCAGCGUCCGCAAGUUCGGGAGCCCGUACAUGCCCCCGCGGACACUGAGCUACAACCCUGCUGAGCGUGCCGUCGUAUUGACGAUCUCGUCGGACAACGGUCUGUUCGAGCUCACACCUCUGCCGAAGGAUGCUGUUGGGGAGGUGAAGGACUCGUCGACCGAUGGUAAGCGAGGCAUUGGGCACGCCGCCAUUUUUGUCGCCAGGAACAGGUUCGCGAUCCUGAACAAGACCGCUCAGCUGAUCGAAGUACGUGAUUUGCAAAACUCGAUCGUCAAGUCCAUCAAGCCGCCGGUUCAGACAAGCGAGAUCUUCUACGGUGGUACUGCCAGCCUCAUUCUCAGUUCAGCGACGUCUGUGCUGCUCUACGAUAUCCAGCAGCAGAAGAAGCUCGCAGAGAUCACUACCCCGCCCGUCAAGUAUGUUGUGUGGAGCACGGACGGUACUCUGGUCGCCCUUCUCAGCAAGCACACGAUCACCAUUGCGAACAAGAAUUUCUCGCAACAUACGCUUAUCCAUGAGACGAUCCGGAUCAAGUCUGGUGCUUGGGACGACUCUGGCGUGUUCAUCUAUUCGACUCUCAAUCACAUCAAGUACUGCCUCGCGCAGGGUGAUCACGGUGUCAUCUGCACUCUCGACAACCCCGUAUACUUGACCCGCGUCAAGGGUAAGAUUGUACACUGCCUUGACCGAUCCGCACGCCCAAGGACCAUCACCAUUGACCCGACGGAGUACCGGUUCAAGCUGGCCUUGCUCCGCAACAAUCACGAGGAGAUGCUGCAUAUCAUCCGCACCUCCACCCUCUUGGGCCAGAGCAUCAUCGCGUACCUGCAGCAGAAGGGUUUCCCGGAGAUCGCAUUGCACUUCGUACAAGACAAGAACACGCGAUUCGAUCUCGCUAUCGAAUGUGGAAAUAUCGAUGUUGCCUUGGAAAUGGCCCGUACACUCGAUCGUCCUGAAUGUUGGGAGCGACUGGCACAACAAGCCCUCAAGCAGGGUAACCACAAGAUCGUCGAGAAGGCCUAUCAGCAAACGAAGAACUUCGACCGCUUGUCGUUCUUGUACCUUGCUUCCGGGAGCGCCGAUAAGCUGCUGAAGAUGCAGAAGAUCGCCGAUUCGAGAGGUGACCCCAUGUCCCGCUUCCACAAUGCGCUGUAUUCGGGCGAUAUUCUGGGGCGCAUUGCGGUGUUGCGUGAUGUCGGCCUCCAUCCUCUUGCCUACCUCACCGCCAAGACGAACGGGCUCGACGACAUCGCUCUGCAAAUCCUCGAGGCUGCUGGCCUCACGGAAGCAGACGUUGAUGACGUCCCGUCGUUCGGUCCGUCGACAUUGCGACCUCCGCCAGUAAUCACGCCCACAGAGAACUUGACCUGGCCCUCGCUCUCGACCGGUGACAGCUUCUGGGACCGUGCUCUUGCCAAUGGACAUCUGGAAGAUGAUGCGGCUGCUCCGUACGUGAAUGGCUAUGACACGACAGGUGCAGCUGCAUCUUCAGCUCUUGAUGAAUGGGCUAAGGAGGAGGAGGAAGUGGAGGACGUGGAAGUGGAGGAGGAUGCGUGGGACCUUGCUCCCGAUACCGACGAGCUUCAGCCCGAAGAAGAGAAGGAGGAAGAGUUACCAGAGGAAGAAGUCGAGCUCGGAGCGGGUGCUGCACCCGGCAUCAGCGAGACAGAACUCUGGACACGCAACUCGCCAUUCGCUGGUGAUCAUGUGGCUGCUGGAUCCUUCGACACCGCGAUGCAGUUGUUGAACAGGCAGUUCGGAGUCGUCAACUUCGUGCACCUCAAACCACUCUUCCUCUCAACCUAUCGCUCGGCGCACGUCUACCUCUCGCCUCUCGCGUCAUUGCCCCCUCUACAGCUGCACUUGAGACGUGACCCUCAAGAAGCGUCCUCCAGCAGAGUGCUCCCUGUUGUCGUCAAGACGCUCGCCGCAUCGCGCGCAGAGAUCACUGAGGGAUGCAGGUUGCUUUCCGGCGCAAAGCUCCCAGAAUCGCAGGAUGCCUUCCGCUCCGUACUGCGCGAGUUGCUGCUCGUCCCGAUCGCGUCCGACGAGGAUGCUAAGCUUUGGCGGGAUAUGGUGACCAUGUCCAAAGAGUACCUUCUCGGCGUAAGCUUGGAAAUCGAGCGCAGACGAGUCACCAAGGACGAGCCUGACAACGUACGGCGAAGCUUGGAACUCGCAGCAUAUUUCACCCACUGCAAGCUUGCGCCACCGCAUCUGCAGAUCGCGCUGCGUAGUGCCAUUGGCGUGUUUGCGAAAGCGAACAACCACGUCACUGCAGCAAGAUUCGCUCGACGGCUCCUGGAGCUCAACCCGGAUCCCAAAAUUGUCGCGCAGGCUCGGCAACGCAUCGCCGCUGGUGACCGUAACCCACGCGAUGCCGUAGAGAUCUCUUACGACGAAUUCACUGAAUUCGAGAUCUGCGCCGCGAGCUACACGCCCAUCUACAAGGGCUCAUCGUCCGUGCGGUGUCCUUAUACCAAUGCCGCGUACCUUCCUGUGUUCAACGGCAAGCUCGACCCCCUCGCGGGGCUCACGGAGAUCGGUGCCGCGUCUUCCGGACUUCCUCCUCCCCGACCAUAGUUCCGCCCACUCCUCUGCAUUCAUACGCCUUGCGGUCGGUUGACUUGCGCCAUACUUGGACGUGUACAGCUGGAUAAAGAAUUUAUGUUCUACUCAGGCAGGGAACCCGCGCUAUCACGUCUGAAAAUGUACAGGAAGGUCCAUCCUCUAAUAUCAUUGUAUCCGGCUCGUCGACUGCAGUGGCUGCUGUCAUGGAGCCGGCGACAUCGGAACGACCGUAGCUGUACUUCGGUGAGCAUCCGUGAGUCCAUACUAUCACACACCGUCAUCGGGUUCGUAUGCACGUUCUUCGUGCAAUCCAAGUGAUGUCAGCCUCACUGCGAUGUGUUACAGUCUGACAAUGCCACCGUUGGGUGUAUGAACCUGCGGGCUCAUUAUGCGAUUAAACGCUCCAGCCGAGGGUUCU